GCGCUCCCGUCAGACCGUGAACGCGAGUUUUUUGCGCGCUCCCGGCUGAAGGCGAAUGCGGUAGCCUACGAAAAAACAAGCAAGCAGCGCCGGAGAGACAAGACGGGCACAGUUUACCUCCACAUCACAAGAUCAUAUUUUGGAGCGGAAAUUUCACGCCCUGUCGGGUCGUGUUACCGUUAAAGACGGCUGAGGAUAUUCACGGGCAGAAACCAUAGGAUGCAGUGUAGACUUUGCUGGUGACUGGUCUGCAGGCUCUCCACUUCUCUUGUCCCUGGAGUCAGCCAGCUGGGGGGCAGAUUCCUGCGUUCCCCUUCUCUCAGUCUGAGUCUUUGUCUGGACAAAACCAACUUCCCGGCAUUGGAGCACACAGCUCAUCCUUGCCCGUGUUGCUUGGAUCAGCACAGCUCAUCUCCUGACUGAGGAGAGCGCAGCAGCUGCACAAGAUUCACCUUCUACCAACUGAUCCCUCCCGGCCCCGCCCACACUGCCCCAUCACCAUGGUGCUGUCACAACGGCAACGAGAUGAACUAAAUCGAGCGAUAGCCGAUUAUCUACGUUCCAAUGGAUAUGAAGAAGCAUAUUCCACUUUCAAGAAGGAGGCGGAAUUAGAUAAUAAUGAAGAAUUGGAUAAGAAGUAUGCUGGCCUUUUGGAAAAGAAAUGGACCUCAGUCAUCAGAUUACAAAAGAAGGUGAUGGAGCUUGAAUCCAAAUUGAACGAAGCAAAGGAGGAGAUCACCCUGGGUGGGCCCGUAAGUCAGAAACGAGACCCCAAAGAGUGGAUCCCUCGCCCACCAGAAAGGUAUGCGCUAAGUGGCCACCGCAGUCCAGUCACCCGAGUGAUCUUCCACCCAGUCUUCAGUGUUAUGGUGUCUGCUUCUGAGGACGCAACAAUAAAGGUGUGGGACUAUGAGACAGGAGACUUUGAACGCACACUGAAGGGCCACACAGAUUCGGUGCAGGACAUCUCUUUUGACCAAACCGGAAAACUGCUAGCAUCCUGCUCUGCAGACAUGACUAUUAAGCUGUGGGAUUUCCAAGGCUUUGAGUGCAUCAGGACCAUGCAUGGACAUGACCACAAUGUUUCGUCUGUAGCCAUCAUGCCCAAUGGAGAUCACAUCGUUUCUGCCUCCAGGGACAAAACCAUAAAAAUGUGGGAGGUGGCAACUGGCUACUGUGUGAAGACCUUCACAGGCCACAGGGAGUGGGUCCGUAUGGUGCGGCCCAACCAGGACGGCACACUGAUUGCCAGCUGCUCCAACGACCAAACAGUGCGUGUGUGGGUCGUGGCCUCCAAAGACUGCAAGGCUGAGCUGCGGGAGCACGAACAUGUGGUGGAGUGCAUCUCCUGGGCACCAGAGAGCGCCCACCCCACCAUCCAAGAGGCCACAGGCUCCGAGACCAAGAAGAGUGGUAAGCCAGGCCCCUUCCUGCUGUCUGGCUCCAGAGACAAAACCAUCAAGAUGUGGGAUGUUAGCAUUGGCAUGUGCCUUAUGACACUGGUUGGCCAUGACAACUGGGUGCGUGGUAUCCUCUUCCACCCUGGAGGCAAGUUUAUUGUGACCUGUGCAGAUGAUAAGACCUUAAGGAUCUGGGACUACAAGAACAAGCGCUGCAUGAAAACCCUGUGUGCCCACGAACACUUUGUUACCUCUCUGGAUUUCCACAAGGCUGCUCCCUACGUGGUCACUGGGAGUGUAGAUCAGACAGUAAAAGUGUGGGAGUGCCGCUGAUUUGGACCUUGGAGGAUUGGACCACCACCACCCCCAAUUACCCAGGCGCUCCUCUGGAUCCCACCUCCCCUCCUGCCAUUCCACCUCCCCUUUCAUCCCACCUUCCCGUCUCACUUAACCUAAACCUCAUCUGCACACCGUCUCCUCCGGCUGCACUUACCACCAUGGUUAUUUACCCAUUGCUCUCUCUGGUCCAAUAACUAUUGUCCUUCUAUGUAAAUUAUUCCUGGAUGUAGAUCGAGCUAUUAAAUGUUACACAAAAAAAGUAUUCUUGCAUGGUAAUCCAAAAUUGUAUACUGUAAAUUUCCGUAACAUCUAGAAGUACCAUAGGUUUACCACGGGGCUGGCCGUCUGUCACGCAGCCUUACCGACCAACCGAAGGCAGAUGUUUUUGACUGGGUGUAAAAUGUAGGGCACUAAAAACCGCUAAUUUAAGAAAUGACAGUGUCUUUAUGUGUAAGAUUUAUUUUUGUCUAUUUUUUUAUUUAGGAUUUUUUUUUUUUUUUGUUAUUUUUCUCCUUCACUGUCGUAGUCUGUUGGUGCCUAGCUUGGUGAAACUUUCAGAGAUAACGCUGGAAAAGCAUAUAUGAUGCGCUAAGAUACGAUUGUCUGUGGGGCUUUGUUAUUGAAAUAAUCUGUAGCUUUAUAACAUCACUUCUCAAGUGUGCAUACCAUUUCUCUUUAUGUGAAACUAGGUAAUAUUUUAAUGGCUGUAUAUACGAAUGUUUCAAACUGUUGUCCUUGGACCUUGGGGGCUUAAAAACAGCUUUGUACUCUUGUCAUGGUGGCACAUGAACCACUGCUAGGCUUUAGAUGAAUUAUCCAAUUUAAUGAAUCUGCAGCAAAGAAUAACAAGUGGCUUUGUGAAUAACUGCACUGAGUUCUUCACGAGAAGCCCAACGUAGAGAGCAAGAUUGUUUGGCUUCUGCUGUCAGUGAGCGCCCUGGGUCACAGUAUCACCUGAGCAAGGUUCAGGGAUUACACCUGAUUAAUCUCUAGCACUUGAUAAAGACCUUGGGUGUAUCUCCCUUUAGGAGAUGAUUUCCUGUGACCUUGCAUGCAAGACUUUUGUUGAACUGAAGCCUCUGUCCACUUCUAGUCCCCUGACCAGUCGGGGUUGGUGUACCAUAGGAAUUAUGUAAAGUCAAAAGAUGCUCAGUUGUCCCAAUGGCGCCUCUUAAGGCUGCAAAAGGAAGCCUUGUGUAAUUUAAACCCGCUAAAAAGCAACCAUAAAGGCAUGAUGAUGAGGAGUCAAAGUGAGCCCCCUGGGUUUGUUAUCUGGGAUGUGCAAAGAUCUCUAAUUUCUAAGGGGUGAAAUAUGUUCUGCAUAAUAAAAAUGGUUUUGAGUAAAAGAAGAAAAAAAAGUUUUCUGUGAAAAUAUGAAAUGUAAAUUUAGCUUGUUAAGAGAUUUGGCAAUUUUUUUUAUCGCACUAAAGGAUGAACUGGAUGGGAAUUUAGAAUUAGUGAGGAAAUGCUAGCAGCAGACAUGCUAUGUGAUGUGUGGAUGCUGUUUUUUUUGUUUUUUUCUUUCUUUCUGUAUAGAGGGGUCUGAUGCUGAGGUGGCUAAGGUGUUUUUUUGUUGUUGUAAAGAGCUCCUCACUGUAAAAAGAGGCAGUGGCAGCUCCUGGAUUAGAUAUGGAGGAGAAUGCUAAAAGCCUGAGCAGCGAGGAUCUCUACAGACAAACCCCACAGACCACCUCACACGUAUGCAAACGUCUUCUGAGUGGCUUUCCUCUAAUGUUCAGCUUUUGAUCUUUGUGGAGCUGUAACCGAAAGAAAAACUGUAAACCAGUCCAUGCUGUAGAAACGACCAUUCCGCUUCCCUUGGAGGACAAAAUAAAUGAAACAUCUUGCUUCUAACUAUAGCUGACAAGGUGAUUCAUUAAUCUUGCACAUCCCUGUUUCACUAAAUCUUUGGUCGUUUAAUGAUGAUCAAAGACUACGUUAAAAUUUAAUGACGACGAUAAAUGCAUAAGCCUAUAAUUUCUGAUUUAGCCUUUUUCAUUCCAAUGCAGUUCUUGGCUAAUAAAGAGUUCCACUGCUUAACUGAUCUUAUCUUCGCUUCUUUGCCACAUUUUCCUCUUCCUGUGUGUACUGGAUGUGGCGAUCUGCUGCUCAAGCUCCUGCUAGUGGCUACUGUGAGCCUAAUGUGACCUGUUGAUGUAGCACUGCUGCAUGUAAACCUGCACCAGAGGCAGAGCUGUCAGAACAAUACUAUUUUAAAAGCUUAAAUAACGGAUCCUAUCACAGGCCAAUUGGUUUGAAUAGUGAGGUGAAAGAAACUGUCCUUGUGUACCUAAAGUAGUUUGAUUAGUAGAUACGCUUAUUUGCUCUCUUGCUGAGCAUCAAGAAUAUCAAUACCACUCACUAGUAUUGUAAAGAUGAUGCCAGUUAGCGUAGCUUAGCAUACAUACCAGAAAUAGUGAACGUUGGGUAUUCUUUUUAGAAAAUUGUGAAUUAAAAAUUUCCCUGGAACCUGCUGGAGUCUCAUUGGUUGCCCGGCAACUGCUCCGUUCCAUAGGACAGAUUCAGGAUCAUAGACAUAUAUACAUAGAUGCCGCAUAUACAUGUAUGUAUUAAACAUGUAUGUAUAUAUGUCUAUGGUCAGGAUAGCCAUAUCCGCUUUAUGCUAAGCUAAGUGGCUGCUGGCUACAGCUACAUAUUUAUUGUACAAUGUGAGUGUUAUCAAGUUUUCCCUCAAACCUAACUCUCGGCAAGAAAGCAAAUAAGCGUAUUUUAAUAUCCAACUAUUCCUCUUACAUUGCUGUGUCCUUGGUCGGCUGACUUGAGUUCAGACAGCUCUAUUCAUUGGUUGUAGAAAGGCUGGUUUUGUUGUGUGUGUGAUGCUAUUUGAAAGAGGUUUAACUCUUUUUCUGUAAAUGCAAUGGGAUUGUGGCGGACUAGGAUGUCCCAAAGGAGAAACCCUCUAUUUCAGGGAAUAUAACCCAUGUCUCCCUUAGGUUUGUGCCCCUUUACAAAGGUCUUAUUUUUCUACAAGCUGUUUUCUCUGUCCUAACUUCUGAGGCAAAGACUGGGUGGAGAAUCAGCUAAUUUUGUAGUACAAUUUGGCAUGACUAAUGAAGAUGCCAAUGUGUUAAAUGUUCUAGCUGAAGCCAAAAAUGGAGACAUUUGUAAGUACAAUCUGGUUUAGCUUGAGAAAUCAGCCUCCUUUUGUUGUUGAUAAUGACGCUUGUCUCCUCAGGAUCACGCUAUGACAUGCCAGGCCAUAAAAUGUAAAUUAGAAACGUAAUUCCCUGCCUUGGUUUUACUCAAGGAAGGCGGUUAAUCAAAAAGGUCAGGACGAUUUGUGUUCUGUUUUUUGUUUUUUUAAGAAACUGUGGGAAAAGCUACAACACAUCUGUUGUGUUGUAGGCAAGUGAUGAAGAAAAUCCCCUUUUUGCCAUUCGCAGGUCCCAAACAAUCCCUGUUCUGCUCUGGUCUGGUGUGUGAAUGGACUGACAGACACGUUUUGACUGUCUGUAGGUCAUUUCCUCAGGCUUCAAGUCCACCUGUCCUCUGUAACCUGCUUGUUAACCACAACCAAGAGCUUCAGACUACACAACAAGCUCCUCCAGGAGAGCUCAUGAUGUUUUCGCCACUAAGGUCUCACUCUUCACUCAGCAAACUGUUAACAAUAUACCUGGAUGUCAUUAUUGUUUGCAAUAUAAUAAAAGAAGAAAAUCUGCA